CAAGUUUCGGUUCAAUUUUCUGAGUAAUGUAAAUCCUCAUCCUCAUGUGCUUGUUCUAUUUUUAUAAACGAUGAUGGGAUCCUUCUAAAGUUGAAAGACAGCAAUCAUAAAUGUGCUGCAUUUCUGAAAUGUUGGACAUUGGUUUUGUAUUGUGACCAAGAAAUAUUUAAGCUCUAAAAGCUUAUUUCCUCUGAAGAAGAUAAAGUAACAGAUCCAGAAAAGAAUGUUUAAAGACUCAUUUCAUGUCCCCCUCAGCCUGUCAGCUGGGGUUCCUACACCACCUUCAGAUCCUGAAUUGGAUAGCAAGGUGAAAAAAGCAUCUGAAAAGAUAUCUGAGAAUCUCCAUAUAUUUGCAAAUGAGCCUUCUUUAGCUUGCUACAGACUCCAAGAGCACAUUCAUAAAUCCUUACCUCAACUGGUAUUGAAGCGGAUUGAAGUAAAUCAGAUGAAUCGUGAACUGCAAGGAAAAUGUUACGAUUUAGAAUAUGCUAUCAAUGCAGUUAAAUCAAUGCAGAAAAGCCGCGAACAUUUUCAAAAUAUAAAUCGUCUGAUAUGGCAAGCUAUUACAGCAAAGCAGCGUUUGAACAAUGAAGAAGCUAAGAAAUCUGAUAAAAAGAAAACUAGUAUGUAUCAGAGAAUCUCUGGAUCAUUUGAUCUCCCUGCAUCAUUUCUACCAGCAGUUGCAACUGGUCUUAGUUCAUCAGCAUCUGUGAGUGCAGAUUUGAAAUUGUCACCUGCGCAGGCAAUCAAGUCCUCCUCCACAUCUUCUACUCCAAGGCGAUCUCGAGCUUCUUCUGUGUCAUCUGUUCCAUCGCGAGCUACUCUUUCUAGGCAGCAUUCUGCAUCUUGUUCGCCUUCCAAGAAAAAUCACAGCUAGAUGCUUGAUUUAGAACUUCAGCUUUGGAUGAUGUAUCUAAGAAAUUUAGAAACUUGUUUCAUUGCUAAUGCAAAGUCUACUGUAACAGGUUAAAUUACUAUUUUCUAAUGACAGUGCCAAUAUAUCUCUGAAAUAUUCAUUUAUUGUUAACUUACAAAUGAAAAUUUGAGUGCAUAAUUUUUAGUUGUUUUUUGUGUUAGUGUUAGUUAUGCUUCUUGAAAUUCCUUCUUUGCAAUUAUUUUCUCUAACGAUUUAUUCAGGGUAAUUGAAUGUAAGGAAUUCUAAAUCUCAUUGGUAUUUUUUGUGCUACUCACAUUCAUAAGAGGAAUUUUCAGAGGAAGAAUUACCAGAUGUAUAUACUAAAUUUUCAGUUUUUGGAAAUCUUGCCAGUUAUAUAUGUAUAUAUGUGUAUGGAAAAUUCAUGCCUUCUUCUUUUAAGUACCAAACCAUCUUACUUAUAGUAUCAAUAAUUAAGUGGUCUUUAUAACUGUCUUAACUUUCAUAACUUGUGACAGAAUUUCUAUUUUAAUUUAUACAGAAGAUUAAAUUAAUUGAAUAAAAUUUUAUUAGUGUUGUUAUAUUUGUUUGAUUGCAAUUAUAAAGUUUUUGCAUUCAGAUUUGAUAUACUUGCAAUAAAUUUGUUGCAAUGAAAUGUAAAGGAAUCAUCUAUCUUUGUAAACUUCCACUUGCAGAUUUCACUUAAAACAAGAAAUAAAUAUUGAUGCUGCUGCUGCCUUAUUCACCAAAAGGUUUUACUUGAUGCCUAUGAAAAUAAUCCAAAUUUACAUUUCUAUUGGUAUUUGUCACUUUUUUUCCUUUGCCUUGUUAAUUUGACACUUUCUGGAGACAGAUUAUACAGUGGUGGCCAAAAUUGUGGACACUUUUGAAAAAUUUAAUGUUUUCUAACUUUGAAUGCUUAUAGAAAAUGUAACAUUUCACAAAAUGGAAACACUUACAUAUUAUUUUAAAGAGAAUUUAAUGCUGAUUUCAAUACCAAAAGCAAAAUUCAAAUAUUUUCAAUACAAAAAAAGUUGAGAGGCAAUAAUUAUCGAGAUACAUUAGAUGCUGAUAAUUGCAGUGAGUUAUCAGUGCUUAGUAAGGUAGCCUUUAUUUUUUAUUACAGCUUCAUACUGAUGUUUCAUUAAGCUGAUGACAGUUUUAAGCUCUUCCUUCGUUAUUGCCUGAUGCCAGGAAACUCAAUUUAUCCUCUUUUAUUUGGUGAACACUUCAUAUAUAUAAGAGUUUUCGAAUGGUUCCGUAAGUUCUCAAUAAUUUUAAGUUUAAUACUGUUUCCUGGCCAUGAUAACAAUUCAAUGCUCUUUCUACUAAAUCACACUCUCGCUAUUUUUGUUGUAUGGUAAGGAGCUGAAUCCUGCUGAAAAAUAAAUGAUGCAUUGUUGGGAAAGAGAUCACUGAAGGAAGGUGUAAGUUUUGACUCUAGAAUAGUGUCAAUGUAUUUUCUUGCAUUUAAUGUCCCGUCGAUAACAGGAAAAAGACCAGUACCGUCUGCUGACAUGCGUGACGAAACCAUUAUAUUAACUGAGUUCUUCAUAGUUGCCUGAAUGCAGUCAGGAUGUAGCUCUUCGCCUAUUCUAUGUCUUACUUAUUUUCGCCAUCGCUACCAAAUAACAAUAUCUUUGUUCCAUCACUCCGUAUAACUAGUAACCACUGAUCAUCUGGCCAAUAAAUAUGUUCUUUUACCCACUUUAAUCUUUUUAUACAUUGCUGCAAAUUUUUUCAUUGAAUUCUACCUCUUAGUCUAACAUCUAAUAAUCUUCUCCAGAUUGUUCUUGAAUUGACAUAAAUGCCAGCAUCAUUCAAUUGACUUCUGGUGACGGCUGAUGACAUUCAUCGAUCAUGGAGACAUAGUCUUUUUAUUCUUCUAUCAUGAACGGAUGUGGUGUACCUUUUUCACCCAUUUCUUGCUCUGUUUGUUAUUGAAUUUGUCUGUUGAUAUCGUAAACAAAACUUUCGGACGCCAUAUGUAGUUGCUGAACCACCCACCUGUUUUGCAAUUUCAGCAUUGGAAAGACCACAUUCAUGUAAAACAAUCUUAGUUCUCUGUCUAGGUGUCCAAUCUAUUCUUUUAUUUGAUGGCAUAGCUUCAUGACUAAAUAUUAGAAAUAUUUACAACAAUUCCUACUAAAUAUUGAAAAGCUUAACAAAAUUUCUUACUUGUGAUUUGAUUGAUUCUGUGAUUCAUAAAAAACAGUCUUCCUUCUAUAGAAAAAAGCACAAUGAUGACCUGUUCCAAUUUUAAACAUGGUGUCAUCUUCUUCUGGCACUUAUUAACAUUUUAUUGGUUCCCAGAAUAAGAACAGUGAUUGGUCUGAAAAGCUAGAAAUUACAAUUCACUUCAUCACUGUUUUUUAUUCAGAUUAAAGUAAGAAUAACUUUUUUUGUAUUGAAAAUAUUUGAGUUUUGCUUUUUGUAUUUAAAUCUGCAUUAAAUUCUCUUUAAAAUGAUAUGUAAGAAUUUUCAUUUUGUGAAAUGUAACAUUUUCUUUAAGCAUACAAAAUUAGAAAACAUAACGAUAUUCAAAAGUGUCCACAAUUUUGGCCACCACUGUAUAUGUUAUCAGGGCCAUCUUAACAAAAUUUAGCUCUGUUCUAGAAUCAUUCCACACCUUAUGAGAACAGAAAGUGAAAAUUUGAGAUUAUGUGACACAGCAAAAAAGUCUACCUAAGAAAAUAAGUGACAACUAAAAAAAAUAAUAAUAAAAUAAUAAUAAUUACCUUAUGAGCACAUUACAAGUUUGCAUAAUAGCACUGUUUUUUAAUAGGAGUUUGCAAGCUAACUUCAUAUUGUUGGUAACUGCUAUUAUGCAUACUGCUCUUGAUUUUCCCGUUGAUAAUUUGCGUAAGAAUAUAUUUUGAAUAAAUAUUUAUAAAAUUGAUAGCUAUCAAUGUAAAUGUCUUUUAACAUAUUUAAAAUUUAAACUAAAGGAAUUUUGUGUUAUCAUCAUUAAAAUAAAAUCAAUAUAACUUUAAUGAGUGCUCAUGCAUCAAUGUAACCUUGGGUUACAGUCCAAUCGACCCAUUGGAUUAGGUGUACUGGAGACAACUUUGGAAAUUAUUUGCAAAGAAACACAAUUUUUAUGUAAUAAGUAUGUGUUAGUUAAAACUUGAUAAAGUAUUUAAUCACUGAUGCCAGUGUGGUUGCUGGGUUACUUUUAAUUUACUUGUUUUUAUAGGCAAGGAAAUGCCUUGAAUGUGGUUGUCAAUUGAAACCUUGCACAUUAAGUUUUACCUGGUAUAUAUGAGUUUCAUUGCUUUGGUAAAUAAAUAUCCCUUUUUCCAUAAUAAUAAUAGCAGGUGAUAAAUUUAAUUUGUUUUAUAAUAAU